AUGUUAAUUAUCCAGGAAUAUACCACUACCACUGAAACUACCACUACAACAAAGGCUAUCAAAACCAAUGAGAAAGCCAAUUUACGCGUAGGGAGCGGACUCUACGUUGAUCCUACCACGUACAGAGUUCGUGUUGGGUCAAGUCACGUAGACGAUUCAGAUAAGCUUUUUAAACUGGGUACCGGGAUCUCGACCUGGUGCAGGCGAAAGAAAGGCCUGGAUCAGUCAGUUAAACCAGCGGGCCAAGUAAAAGGGGCUAAACGGAGCCUGUCAAAACCAAGACACGUUCUGGAAAAGCUCUUGAGAAGGACACGGGUGGCAGCGAUGGUUUUAUCAAGGUGGAGAGAAGAGGAAGAAGAAGAAGCUUCCUUGUCAGAACGGGUGUGGUACUGCAUUGGCAGGACCCAACAUGUUGCUACGUCCAGCCAUUCGACAUCGCUGCUGUACGUGUCCAGGCUGCAUCACUCCACAAAGGUUGAGGAGGUCAUAGAAUACAUGCGUGUAAAGUUCAACUGGACUUUGAGGGUCGAGCUAUUGAAACCGCGACACAAAACGAACUUCAAGUCGUUCGUGGUGCUCGUUCCGACUAAUCACCUCGAAAAGUUCCUCAAAGACGAGUUUCCGCCGAAAGACAAAAGAGACGAAGACGAAGAAGUGUGUACGUAUGGUAAUCCUCUCCUCUAUGGAAAAUCUUUAGUGGGAAUACUGAUAUAUGCUAAAGGUUGCGCAAAUCAGGUGACUCCAGCUGUGUAUACCAGGAUCUCGGAGUACACCAAUUGGAUCGAUGUCACGAUGACGAUGGAUUCGCAUCGCGGUGACCAGCUAAUCGGUGCCACCAGUUCAAUUAACAUAGUCGGAGUCACUCUUCUGAUCCCCUUGUUAUUUUUACUUCUGAGCGUCUAG